UAUAGCCCCAGUGUUCAUGAGUCCACGGUGUCCGUGAGCCCCCGGUAUCGGGCAGACCCUGAGCCCCACAGGUGCUAAGAAGCUCCCAGUGUCUCCGGAACAGGACAGCUCCGUUAUCCCCCAGUAUCAACCAGUCCUGGUUUCCGCCCCGGUACUAGAUAGCCCCUGGUUCCCCCACUGGUGUCUCCCAUGGUGUUUGUAACCCCCAUUCCCUCGGUACCAGCAGAUCCCAUUAACCCUGUGGUGCCUUGUUAGCCCCAGUGUCUCCUGGUGUCUCCCAAUACCGCACAGAAUCAGCCCAGUCCUGGUUGCUUCCCCUGGUACCAAGAGCCAUUCAUAUCCUCCUGGGGUCUCAUUAUCCUUCAGUACCUGCAGCCCCCAUUGCCCCCCAUCCCCUCUCACGCCUGUGGUCCCUGCCCCGACUGAUCCUGGGGGAUGUAGGUUGGAGGUCACGUUGAUGUGUUUCCUGGUACUGUUCCCAUUCCCAGUAUUCCCACUGGGCCUGCUGGUGCUGUAGCUGUACUAACAGCACAGCCCCCUGACUUUGAUCUAAAACUGGAGUUGGGGCUCACAGUGGGAUGACCCUGCCCUGCAGCUGCAAGAAUUGACCCUAUAGGGAGUUCACAGCAAGGUGACCCCAUCUUUUGCUUCCAUUCCUGGUGCUGUUCCCCAUUCCCAGUGUCGUUCCUGUUCCUGUUUUUCCCAUUCCCAGAAUGGGCCUUUCGUUGCUGGAGCUGUACUGGAAGACAAAGCCCCUAGCUUUGUUCUGAAACUGGGUGUGGGAGGCACAGUGUGAUGACCCUGUCUCCAGUUCCCAUUCCCAGUACUGUUCCUGUUCCCAUUCUUGCUGUUCCAAUUCACAGAAUGAGUCUGCUGGUGCUGGAACUGCACUGGCAACACAGCCCCUGGCUUUGGUCUGAAGCUGGGGAUGAUGGGCCCACUCGUGCUGGAACUGUACUGGCAACACGCUCCCCGCACCUGCAAGAACUUUGCUGAACUGAGCCGCCGUGGGUACUACAAUGGCACCAAGUUCCACCGCAUCAUCAAGGACUUCAUGGUGCAGGGAGGGGACCCCACAGGUACCGGCCGCGGUGGCGCCUCCAUCUAUGGGAAACAGUUUGAGGAUGAGCUGCAUCCUGACCUGAAGUUCACUGGUGCCGGGAUCCUGGCAAUGGCCAAUGCAGGGCCAGACACCAAUGGAAGCCAAUUUUUCCUGACACUGGGCCCAGCACAGUGGCUGGAUGGGAAGCACAGCAUUUUCGGGAGAGUGUGCCAAGGCAUGGGGGUGCUGGGGCGCCUAGCCAUGGUGGAGACCAACUCCCAGGACCGACCACUUGACGAUGUCAAGGUCAUCAAGGCAUAUCCCUCAGGGUAGGGGUGUGGGGUGCCCUCCCUCCAAAUUGUACUGCUCGUUUGUAAUAAAAGAGGUUGGAUGUGGUGCCCCCCUGCCCCC